AACCUGGUGAUAGUUCAUUCAACAAUCAAAGGCCAUUCCCAAUCAAUAUUUGCCAUUCAUUGCGUAUAAUAAAUGUAACUGGUCUUAUUUUAAUUUAAGAGCAAACACAUCUUUAAAAGUUCCUUUAGUUUUAGUUCCCAAGUUUUAAUUGUUAGCAUUAGUAUUACUGUAAAUUGAAUCCAAUACGAAGUAAUUAUUUCGCACCAUGUCAGAAGAAGGAAUUGGCCACCAAUCAACGACAAUUUCAAGUCCAACAAGCAUCUUUAGUAAAGCGAUUUUACAGAAAGACAGAUUUUCGCAGUUUCUUUAUCCUGUUUUAAUACUCAUAUGUAUGGUGAGAUUUUUCAUUACAUCGUAUUUGGUGUUAUUUGACUCUUCAUCACUUUAUCUACUGAACAACAAUUUAGUCAAAUUUGAAAGCCUUUGGAAUGCAUUUUACAUCGGUAACAACUGCUUGGUUCUUAUUCACGCCUUUUAUGCUCGAAAAUUGUAUACACAGUUCAUGGAGACAUUACAUGAAAUACUCGAUAACAAUUCGUUUGUGGCAAAUGAGCACAUAAUUAAAAGUCAAAGUACAAUAUUGAAAAUGUGUGCAUUCAUGUGCGUAUAUGAAUUUACAGCUGAAAUCAUCAAGAGCGAUCCGAAAACAAUGCUAAAUGAUUUUACAAAUUCAAACUAUUUUAAUAUAAUUUAUCAUGGAAUAUUGUUUCUUUCCAUUUUCACCUGGGUUUCAAUUGUUCAUUUUAUAAUUGAAUCUUGCAUGCAUCUACAAUCUGUAUUCAUUGUUAUCGAUAAAUACUUGGAAUAUUAUCAGACCAAUUUGCAUAUCAUUGGAAGUAAUCAUCACGUUCUAAUGUCCAUUCGUUCGGUUUACAUGAAAGCAAUAAUAGCUACUCGCCAACUCGAUAAAUUCAACAGAUAUCUCAUAUUUGGUUUCUAUGUUUAUUACACUGGAUAUUGUUUGACGCUUUUUGGUCGAUUCUUUUAUGUGGCCAAUGGCUCAACUGCCGGUAACUUUAUAAGGUUCAUUGGUGAAUCAGCUUACGUUGCUGUAGUGACUUACUAUCUGGUUCGUAUUAAUAAACUGUCAAUCUCUGUCUAUGAUAGAGUCUAUUCAUUCACAUUGAUGAAAAACAAAACCAAUGAGUUCAUUCAUGAGGUUAAAUUUUUCUUGAUGCGAAUAAAUCAACAUGAUGUUGGCUUCACUUUUGGUGGAUUGUGUAUUAUAACAACCAACUUUGUGUCAACCAUUCUAACUAUUGCAUUGACUUUAGGUUUAGGUUUACCUAGUCUUUUUCCUUAAAUGCACUGACAUCUUUGAAAUGCAAAUUCAUGAUGACAGAAUUAGCAUUAACAUUGUGAUUCGACAGACUUUAUAUUUGGUUGCUUUCUUCAGGUCCAUAACAUUAGAAACAAUUAGCGUGAGCAAAUUGAAAAUUAAAUUUGUCGUUGGAAUGGGUUGCAAUUAAGAUGUCUUACGCUUACUCGGGUUGGUUCUGGUGAGUUGUAGCAGAAUCUGGGUGUCAUUUUGGGUAACAAGAAUGUAUCUGUUAGAGCAAUCAACAUAAUUGUUGCUGAUAAUAUUGUAAUUGGAAAGUUAAGAGAA